AGUCCCAGGUCUGGUUGGUGACCUUACCUUCUUAUCUCUCUCUCUCUCUUCCUCUCUCUCUACUUUGUGGUUUUUAGGAUUUGGUCAUUUGGGCAGUCGGAAAUUCUUGGGACCAUGGUGGACGGCAAAGAGGAUGUGCACUCCCCACUGGAAAAGAAGUCGGAAACUUCGAAGGAUGAGAAGGUUUAUCCUUGUUCUCUUGCCUCACAUGAAGAUGUACUCAAGGAUCCCGUGGGUUUCAUGGACACGCUGAAGAAGUUUCAUUCUACCCUUGGCACGAGGUUCAUGAUUCCGGUCAUUGGAGGGAAGGAGCUGGAUUUGCAUCUUCUUUAUGUGGAAGUGACGCGGAGAGGUGGUUUGGAAAAGGUUGUUGCAGACAGGAAGUGGAAGGAGGUGAUUGCUGUUUUUAAAUUUCCACCUACAACCACAAGCGCUUCCUUCGUGUUGAGAAAGUAUUACAUUACUUUGCUUCAUCAUUAUGAGCAAGUUUACUUUUUCAAGAGGGGGGGACCUUUAGUUCCACCUGCUGCAGCUUCUUUGUCUGUUAAAAGCCCAUCAUGCCGGCCUGCAAACAUCUUAGCUUCAGAGUCUGUCACGACACCUACGAGACAAUCACAGGACCAACAGCAAGAAGAAGAAAUACAAAUAAGCAAGAGAAGGAGAAGAAGCAAGACCGGUCUGCAAAUAGGAGCACCACUGAAUUCUACUGUUGUGGGGAUCAUAGAUGGAAAGUUUGACCAUGGGUAUUUGGUGAGUGUGAAACUUGGUUCAGAAGUUCUUCAUGGAGUGCUUUAUCAUCCGGGGAGAUCGGAGGACAAUGGUGGGAGCGCUAGUGGCAUCAUGGCAGCCGGUCGGCUUCGCCGGCGAAGGAAAGGGAGGAGGAGGGAUCCCAAUCACCCCAAACCUAAUAGGAGUGCCUAUAAUUUCUUCUUCGCUGAGAAGCACUCCAAACUUAAGUUACUGUAUCCGCAAAGAGAGCGUGAGUUCAGCAAGAUGAUUGGGGAAUCCUGGAACAAGCUCACUGAUGAGGAGAGGAUGGUUUACCAAGCCUGUGGGUUGAAAGACAAGGAGAGAUACAAGAAUGAAAUGCAGGAAUACAGGGAAAGGUUGAAGUUAUUACAGCCAAAUGAAGGGAUGAGCGAGAGGAGGCAAAGAAGAAGACUGUCUGCUGUAUCGUCUUGUUUAGUGCCAGAUCAAGCAGCUGUUGGAACAAGUGCUGUUAGUUUACCACCUGAUGUUGCCACUGUGGGUACUGUGGAUGAGAAAGAGUAAACAGUGAUAAAGUGAAUAUACAUACAGGAAACAUACAGGAAAACCUUUUAUGUACUUUUCGUUGAAUACAUGGA